UCCUAAUAAUAUAAAUACUUUAAACAACCGUGGAUCUGCCUAUUGUAAGAUACAUAAAUACAAAGAAGCACUUGCAGAUUACAAUAAAUCACUGGAAAUAGAACCGAAUAAUGCAAAAACAUUAAACAAUCGUGGAUUAGCUUAUUUCAAAGUUAAUAGAUAUGAAGAAGCACUUGCAGAUUUCAAUAAAUCAUUGGAACUAGAUCCAAAUAAUGCAGACACAUUAUAUAAUCGUGGAUUCACUUAUUAUACGUUAGGGAGAUAUGAUGAGGCAUUUGCGGAUUAUAAUAGAUCAUCAGAAAUAAAUAAUACUUCUACCACUAACAACACUGCAUAA